CACAGCUUCUACCGCAUCGCCCAUGCAUCACGGCUCCGAUUCCAGUGACAGCGAGGACGAUGCUCCCUGCUCGUCGGGGGCCGAAGACGAUGUUGAAGCCAUUCCUCUGGCGCCCAAAUCUAGGAAAAGAAAAGCACAGGAUGACGAAGGACGGGGCCAGCCCAUCAUCGUACAGACUUCCUUCGACGCGUACUUUACCCACACCAGCUCGCGACCCCAGACCUCUGCCAACGUUUUUUCUUCCCUUAUACCACCGCUGUCAUCAACGGAAUAUACAGAGGCCAUUGCCACUCUCCCCGACCAGCAACUUAAAUCGAUACUCUUGACAGAUCCCGAAGCACGAAACGCCUUGUUCACCAGGAUUUUACGCGAGCUGAAAGAAGGUUUUAAUGUGCUCUGCUACGGGUACGGCUCCAAGCGUAAUCUAUUGAACCAGUUCGCGGUAGAGCGAUGUUCCAAAGUGGGACAUGUCGUCGUAGCCAACGGAUUUCAGCCUAAUUUCAGCAUCAAGGACUUACUCAAUUUUAUCGAGGCCAUUCCUGGUGUCCUCUCCCUUCCUGCGUCUUCUGCCGCUAUUGAGAGCCAGGCGCGGCGGAUAGCCACGUUCUUCUCCCAGCCAUCACAAAAACAACCGCUCUACAUCAUCAUUCAUAACAUCGAUUCUCCCAGCCUUCGCACCACCAAGUCCAAGGCUUGUCUCGUCCUUCUGGCCUCUAAUCCUCGUAUUCAUAUCGUGGCAUCCGUAGAUCAUAUCAACGCGCCACUUAUAUGGUCUUCUAGCGAGGCAUCUUCUCGAGGAGAUGGGGGCUUUACGUGGCUCUGGCACGACAUGACCACCCUUGCUCCAUAUGAUUUUGAGCUAACAUACGCCGACCGCUCGUCAAUAUCUGGAGCACAUGGGGGCGGGCCUCGUAAGCAGCGUGAUGCAGGAAGUUUGGGCAUCCCGAACGCCACGAACAUGUCGGAGACCGCUGCAGCCCAUGUCUUAGCGUCUGUCACGCAGAAAGCCAAGAAGCUGUUUGUGCUUAUGGCUCAGAAGCAGCUUGAUGCGGUAGAGGAAGCUGGCGGCCCGCCGGCGAAUGAUAUGCAACCGUUCGCGAUGGGAUACGGGAUGUUGUUCAACGCCGCCCGUGAUGAGUUCAUUGCGACAAAUGAUACGGCCUUGCGAUCGUUACUUGGAGAGUUCAGGGACCAUAAUCUGAUUCUAGGUGAGCAAAGCACAUCGGGUACGGAGAUGCUGUGGAUACCACUGCGGAAAGAGAGGUUGGCCAAUGUCCUUCGCUCAAUACAGGUGGAAUGAAGUAGGCUUUCCCUCUCUUGAAAACAUGUCAACGACGCAACGGAUGCAUUCGCCACCCUAAAGACAUAAAUGAAGAUGGGGACUGGAUGAAAUGAUAGUGACCUCACAUGCAUAUCAUGGAACCCUUCGUUAAUUUCAGCAAACUUCCUAUAACCAGGAAUCUCAGUCCUUCCUUUGACACCACCGAA